AUGAGUUAUACUUUAAAGAUUGCAGGUAAAGCACCUGCUGUUGAUUAUGCUUUAAUGUCAGCAGCUGCAUUUGUGAAUACCUCCACGGAUGCUUCUGUCAAACUUGAAUUUCUAGAUUCUAAAACUAUCUCCAAGGAUGUUAACGCAUCUGCUCAAUUAUUAAAGGAUGGAGAAUCAGUUGCAACCGAUUCUGCUGAAAUUCUUAACUACUUAGCAACAGAAUAUCCAUCUGCUAUUUUGGCUAAGGAAGAAUCACAAAAGUGGAUCAAGUUUGCUUACGAAAAAUUGUUAGUUAAAGACUUCAAGAAACUAUCUCUUGACUUAGAAACUAUCGAACAACAUUUAAACUUAAGAUCUUUCUUUGUCGGCUAUAAGAUUACUGCUGCAGAUAUUGCCGUUUGGGGUGCUUUGAGGGCAAAUCCAGUUAUGGGUUCUGUCAUAAAGAACUCUGUCUACAUCAAUGUCACUAGAUGGUACCAGUUUUUGGAAUCUGACAAAAGGUUUAGUGAGAUGGCAACCUUAUUGUCUUCCUCUUUAGCUGAGUUGAAGAAGGCAGCCAAAGGUGGCAAGAAGGAAACUCAUAAGGCUAAUUUUGAAAUUGACCUGAUUGGCGCAAAGGAAGGUGAAGUUGUUACUAGAUUCCCUCCUGAACCAUCUGGAUACUUGCAUAUUGGACAUGCUAAGGCCGCAGUUUUGAACCAAUACUUUGCUAAUGCAUACAAGGGUAAGCUAAUUAUUAGAUUUGAUGAUACAAAUCCAUCAAAGGAGAAAACCGAAUUCCAAGAUUCUAUCAUUGAAGAUUUGGAAUUAUUAGGUAUUAAGGGUGACAGAAUCACUUAUUCAUCAGACUACUUUGAUAAGAUGUAUGAACUAGCGGUUCAAAUGAUCAAGGAAGGAAAGGCUUAUUGUGAUGAUACUCCUUUAGAAAAGAUGAGAGCAGAAAGAAUGGAUGGUAUCAAAUCCGAAAGAAGAGACAGAUCAGUUGAGGAGAACUUGGAGAUUUUCACCAAGGAAAUGAAGAAUGGUACUGAAGAAGGCCUCAAGAACUGUCUCAGAGCAAAAAUUGAUUAUACUGCACUCAAUAAGACCUUGAGAGAUCCUGUUAUUUACAGAUGUAAUUUGACACCACAUCAUAGAACCGGCUCCCAGUGGAAGAUGUACCCGACUUACGAUUUCUGUGUUCCAAUUGUUGAUUCAUUAGAAGGCGUUACUCAUGCCUUAAGAACAAUCGAAUACAGGGAUAGAAAUGCUCAAUAUGAAUGGAUGUUGGAAGCAUUACAUUUGAGAAAAGUUCAUAUUUGGGAUUUUGCCAGAGUGAAUUUUGUCAGAACUUUAUUAUCUAAGAGAAAAUUGCAAUGGUUUGUCGACAAGGGUUACGUUGAAAACUGGGAUGAUCCAAGAUUCCCAACUGUUAGAGGUAUCAGAAGAAGAGGUAUGACCGUUGAAGGCCUGAAAAACUUUAUCAUUUCUCAAGGUCCAUCUAAAAACAUCAUUAAUUUGGACUGGAACAUUAUCUGGUCUGCAAACAAAAAGAUUAUUGAUCCAGUUGCUCCAAGACACACUGCUUUAGUUUCCAAGGACUUGGUUACUGUUAACAUUGUUGAUGGUCCGGAAUUACAUUCAGAAAAGAAGCCAAAGCAUAAGAAGAAUCCUGCUGUUGGUGAGAAAGAUGUUUACUACUCUGCAAAAGUGUUGAUUGAACAAGCUGAUGCUGAAGCUAUUAAAGAUGGUGAAGAAGUCACUUUUAUGGAUUGGGGUAAUGUCAUUUGCACUAAAGUUAAUAAGGAUGCUGAUGGUAAAGUUGUUUCCAUUGAUGCUAAGUUGCACCUAGACGGUGAUUUCAGAAAGACAGAAAAGAAAUUAACCUGGUUAGCAGCGGAAAAGAACACCAAGGUUGAAUUAGUUGACUUUGAUCAUUUGAUUACCAAGGACAAGUUAGAAGAAGGUGACAAUUUUGAAGACUUUUUGACUAAAGAAACCAUGUUUGUCACAGAUGCUAUUGCAGAUGUUAAUGUUGAACAAAUGAAGGUUGGUGAUAUUAUUCAGUUUGAAAGAAAGGGUUACUACAUUCUAGAUGCUAUCAAGGAUGGUUUAUACACAUUCUUUACUGUUCCUGAUGGUAAACAAAAGAAAUAA